AUUUUCCUUUUUCUUUCCUCAAAAUUUUUCCAUCUAAUUUUUUUUCCCACGCAAUUUCCUUCAAAUUUUUCCUAACCAAGGUGUAAAUUAGUGGAUGGGGCCUCACAGUAGCCGAUCCCAUCCCAAUUCUAAGAAUUUGGAUUUGAUAGCAGAAAGAUUGAAUUGUGGAGGAUAAAGCAGAGAGGACAGUCAUGCUGAUGGCUUCGGCUCUCGUGCCACUUCAAAGCUUGUGCUUUGCCUCCUCUUCAAAGCAUUUUCCGUUGAAGAUAUCUGUAGUUUCACAAAUUUCAACAUCUUCUUAUUCUUCAGCAAAGAAUGCUCAUCCCUUGAAGCUCCAGCACCCACCAAGAGCAUCUUCCGAAGGAAUUCCUACGGAGUUAAUUGAAGAUUCAAAGUUUGUUCCUUUGAAUUCUGACGAUCCUAUAUAUGGUCCACCUGCCUUGUUGCUCUUGGGCUUUGAAGUGGAGGAGGAAGUGAAGAUACGGCAGCUUUUGAAAGAGUUGGAUGGUGAAUUCCUUCAGGUUAUUUAUUGCACUGAAGACAUGAUAACUCGUUCGCUUUGGGAAGCAAUGAACACAGAACAGUCAAAUUUGGAAGCACUGAAGAUUGCAAAAGCACUGCCACGAAUUUGCUUCUUAUCUGGUCUUAGCGGGGAGGAGAUGAUGAUGUUCAUUGAUGCCUUUCCAGAAACUGGAUUAGAAGCAGCUGUAUUUGCAGCUCUUGUUCCCAACAGUGCUGAUAAACCCCUCCAAGAGUUGAUAGAAGAGAUUAUGGGAGAUCAUGAAAUGCUGUCUGGGAAACAAAUGGAUUAGACACUGGGAGCUGCAGACUAGAAGAUUUUCUUUGACGAUUGAAGAAUCUAAUUUCAGCCCAUGCAAUGGUUUGUAGUUUUUAUUUGGGGUUGUGUCUCAAAGAUAAUCCUGAUUUCAUUUCAAACAAUCUUUCUUUACCUGUCUGUGUGGGGAAAUGGGUAGAGAAGUCUGAUUUUCAAUACAUUUCUUCAACAACUAAAAUUUAAUCAUAUAUAAAUAUGUGAUCAAAUAAUUCAAGGCUUUCUUUUUAUUGGGUAAAAA